AAGUUAGUCAAGAUGGCAAGGCAGUCUGGUAGCAUCAAUCCGGUUCCCAAAUCGGAAGUUGAGGCUGUAUUGACUGUCACUCCAGUGAAGGUGACUGAUCCGCGGCAGACGCGCCAGGUGUUUGUGGUGGACGCUGUUGGCUCAGGGAUUUUCCAGAGGUGCCUUAGCAUGGUGCUCUACUAUAGGAAGGAGGAGGAUGGUUCUGGCUGGCUGGUUGCAGGGUGGAUCAAGGAGUCACUAGGGAAGGCCUUGCUGGAGCAACCAAUGCUCGGUGGGCGCCUCCGGAGAGGGGAGAAUGGAGAAGGAGGGUUGGAGAUUGUGUCUAAUGAUAGCGGAAUCAGACUUGUGGAGGCACAGAUUGCAAUGAAUUUGUCAGAGUUUCUUGAGUUGAAGGAGAGGGAAGAAGCAGAAGCUGAGCUUGUGUUCUGGAAAGAGAUUGAAGAGCAGAAUCCUGAAUUCUCUCCACUAUUCUAUGUUCAGGUGACAAAUUUCCGAUGCGGUGGAUAUUCAGUUGGGAUUAGCUGCAGCAUUCUCCUGACAGACCUUUUGUUAGGGGCAAAUUUCCUCAAGACAUGGGCAAAUAUUCACCAGAACGUGGUCACCCAGAAUGGUUCAUCAAAAGCACCCAUAUUUUACCUCCCCAACCUCAAGAAACCCAGUAACACCCCAGUCAACGUCAUUACUUCAGCUUCAAGCAAAAGCCGCGGCCUGACUUUGUUCUUCAAAAUUACUUCUGAAAGUGUAAACUUCGAUACUGAGUUCUGGAAGAAAUUGGCAUUGCAGUGUUUAGAGGAGGUAGAGAAUAGGCUGGGAAAGGAAGUGGCCGUGCAUUUUUCUCUGUUUCUCAAUGAAUCCUUUGAGACCAUUAAGGUAGAAAGUUGCUCAAAACAUGAGAUGGUAAAGGCAGAAAACUGGAAUACUAAGAUGCAGCUUGCUCCUGCAGCAUGGGAAGAUUUAGGGGAAACUGUGUUCAGUUUAACUGAAGGAAACAAACCUGUUCUUGUUUCCAAAUGGAUUGGAGCAAGUUCUGAUGGAGUUUUCCAGGCAAUUCCAUCUCCUGAUGCAAAAGAAAUCAAUAUCAUUGUCACAGUUCCUAAUGAAAAGCUCUAAUAUGGGUAAAGUGUCUUUGGUUUAUUGAAAGAAUAAAGCUUUCUUUGUACCAUGUAAUGCUUGUUUUUCCUUUUUGUGGUCUAUUGAAAGCUGGAGAUUAAUGUUGUGAUUGAAGAAAAGAUGACAGUUUUCUUCUUCUUCAUACCCUUUUUUUUUUUCCUGAUAAUCUGAAAAGAGAUAUGAAACAUAAGACAAAAAACAACUCAGCAGUACAGGUGAAAGUUCAUUAUUGGAUGGUGACUUUGCAACAAAUAAGUUAUAAGUUGCCAAUGGAAUAGGUGGCUUAUGCUUCUAUGUUUAUCUUUUUCCUAAAUUAGGUUCAUGUGCUCAGUGAUGGGGUUGAAAAUUUUGUGCUAUUUUUAAUAAAGAUAUGUUUGGUUU